GUCCUUUUUCUUUAAUUUUUUUUACCUUGUCUUUUGGUUUUCUUCUUCUUCUUCUUCUUUAUUAUUUUUUUUAAAGAGAAAUUUCCCCACUCUAAAAUCUUCUUAUCAUGUCUCUUCAAAACCAAAUCAUCGUUGUUGGUGGAGGUCUUUCCGGUCUCGCAGCUGCACACACUGUCGUAGAGCAAGGUGGAAAUGUCUUGUUGCUUGACAAGAACCCUUUCUUUGGUGGAAACUCCACCAAGGCUACGUCAGGUAUCAACGGUGCCUUGACACGUACCCAGAUUUCCCAUGAAAUCAAGGACUCUGUUGAGCAGUUCUACCAGGAUACUCUCAAGUCUGCUCGCGAUCUUGCUCGCCCUGACCUUAUCGAGGUUCUCACCGGCCGGUCCAGCUCAGCUGUCGAAUGGCUCCAGGACAAGUUCGAAUUGGACCUUUCGCUUGUAUCGCGUCUUGGUGGUCACACAUUUCCCCGCACUCAUCGUGGCAAGGAACAGUUCCCUGGUAUGACCAUCACCUACGCCCUUAUGGAAGGCUUUGAAGAACUUGCCGAGAAGUCCCCCGAUCGUGCAAAGAUCAUCAAGCGCGCAAAGGUCGAGAAGCUCAUCCGUGACGAGAAGAACUCUGUCAUUGGUGUCGAGUACGUCCUUGUCGGCAAGGGCGCCGAUGGUACUGUUUACAAGGAGUAUGGACCAGUCAUUCUUGCUACUGGUGGUUAUGCUGCUGACUUUGGAGAGGAUUCUCUUCUCCGUCAAUAUCGUCCUGAACUGUUUGAUCUGUCUACCACUAACGGUGAUCACUGCACUGGUGAUGGUAUCAAGAUGGCUGCCUUGGCUGGUGGCAACACCAUUGAUCUCGAAAAGGUCCAGGUCCACCCCACUGGUCUCGUAGACCCCAAGGAACCUGAUGCCAAGGUCAAGUUCUUGGCUGCCGAGGCUCUUCGUGGCUGUGGUGGUCUCUUGCUCAAUGCUGAUGGCGAUCGUUUCUGCGACGAGCUUGGCCACCGUGACUACGUGACAGGCGAGAUGUGGAAGAACAAGUUCCCUAUCCGCCUUGUGCUCAACACCGCUGCGUCCAAGGAAAUCGAAUGGCAUUGUCGCCACUACGCCGGCCGUGGUCUGAUGGAGAAGUUUGAGAACGGUGCUGCCUUGGCCAAGAACAUGGGCAUCACCCCUGCCAAGCUUGAAGAGACCUUUGAGACUUACAAUGCUAUUGCUGCUGGCAAGAACAAGGAUCCCUGGGGCAAGCGUUUCUUCCAAAACGUUCCUAUCAAGAUGUCCGAUUACUUUUAUGUUGCCCACAUGCAGCCUGUACUUCAUUACACCAUGGGUGGUGUUGAAAUCACUCCUACUGCUGAGAUCAAGAGUACUCAGGGUGGCUCUGUGCCUGGUCUCUUUGCUGCCGGUGAAAUGUGCGGCGGUGUCCAUGGUGCCAACCGUCUCGGUGGUUCAUCUCUACUUGGUUGCGUUGUCUUUGGACGUGUUGCUGGCCAGACCGCAUCCCGUUACCUCUUCUCCCAGCUGGUCAACUCUGGCCAGGUAGCCCAACAGCGUCUUGGUGCCAUUGCCGGUCACCUCGGAGCUGGUGGACUUGGAAUCAACCUCACAGUAAACCAGAGCCAGCCCAACCGCAUCUUGCUCGAUAUUGCAUGGCCCGGAGCCGCCGGUGUUGCUGGUGGUCAGCAGGGUUCUCAGAUUGCAGCACCCUCAAGCACUUCUCAAGCACAACCACCGGCACCUGUUGCAGAAAAGGCUGCCGAGACCAAGGGUGAGCCCAAGAAGGUUGAAGGCUAUACCCUUGAGGACGUUGCCAAGCAUAGCACAGCCGAAGACUGCUGGGUAGUUGUAAACGGUCAGGUUUUGAACGUGACAGACUUUUUGGCCGAUCACCCUGGAGGCAAGAAGGCCAUAAUGAUCUAUGCCGGACGUGAUGCCACCGAGGAGUUCAACAUGAUGCACAAGGCCGAUGUUGUGCAAAAGUACGCUCCUUAUGCUAUCAUUGGUGAUCUUAAGAAGUAAACCAAAAAAAAACAAAAACCAAAAAAGAUAUAUAAAAUCAUAUACAUAUCUAUAUGAAAAGACAUGAAGGCCACCUUUUUUUCAGCAAAAAAAAUGAGGGAGGCUUUGUAUAAAAUGAAAAUUUUUAUGUAACGUAUACAUUCCAUUCUCUCUUGCUACUAUUAUUAUUUUCUUUUUAAAUAAAAUAAAAUAAAAUAAGAAAACUAUAAUAUCAAUCAAUAAUAAAUCAAACAAGGUACAUUGAAUUCACUCUAUCAGGUAGAGUUAUCU